AUGGCUGGGAGGGACGAGCCGUCCAAGCAGGGCCAGCCUGUGCAGACAGGUGUCACCUUUCUCCCACCUGAGAACCGCCCCCCGCAGCCCAGUGCUCCCCUACGCACUGUCGGCCCCUCCGCUUGGUGCAGCCCGACGCUCGUGUGGAGAACUGACAGCCGGGUCGCCCUGUGGGGGGCGGGGGGUGCUGAAAACCGUGCAUGGGCACUGGGGCUGAGUCCCUCAGAAGGGCCCUCGAAGCCCGAGGGAUCCCGGACGGCUGCCCGCGACCCCACGGCCAUGGACCGCAAAGCCCUGGUGAGCUUCCACUUCCCAUGCUGUGGCCCACCAGCCCGGCUCUGCACGGUCCCAGUGCGAACCCUGCAAAGCCCAGGUGACACAUCUGAAGAGCGUCGUGAAAGCUUGGCUGAGCUCACGGGGGUGGAGGAAAGUCGGGAGCGGGCAGCGGACCGAAACGCCACGCCGGUGGCCAGCCCUCUGCCAGGGGCCCUGUCGACCGGCGUACCUCACCAGAACUGCACGGUGCCCUUCAACGACAGCAGGGUGUUCCUGGUGACCGUGUACAGCACCGUGUGCGCACUGGGCCUGCCAGCUAACUGCCUGACGGCCUGGCUGACGCUGCUGCAGGCGCGCCAGGGCCACGUGCUGGCCGUCUACCUCUUCUGCCUGGCGCUGUGCGAGCUGCUCUACAUUGGCACCCUGCCGCUCUGGGUCGUCUACAUCCAGAACGGGCACCGCUGGCCCCUGGGCCCGCGGGCCUGCAAGGUGACCGCCUACGUCUUUUUCUGCAACCUCUACGUCAGCAUCCUCUUCCUGUGCUGCAUCUCCUGCGACCGCUUCCUGGCAGUGGUGUACGCGCUGGAGACGCGAGGCCGCCGCCACCAGAAGACCGCCAUCCUCGUCUCCGUGUCUGUCUUCAUUCUCGUGGGGCUCAUCCACUACCCGGUGUUUCAGAUGGAGGAGAAGGAAACCUGCUUUGAGAAGCUGCCGAUGGACCGCGAGAUCGCCGGGUACUACUACACGCGCUUCGCCGUGGGCUUCGCUGUCCCUCUGUCCGUCAUCGCCUUCACCAACGAGCGCAUCUUCAGGAGCAUCAAGCUGAGCGCCGGCCUGAGCGCCACCCAGAAGGCCAAGGUGAAGCGCCUGGCCAUCGCGGUCGUGGCCAUCUUCCUGUUCUGCUUUGCUCCCUACCACCUGGUGCUCCUGGUCAAAGCCAUAGCCUUUUCCUACUACAAAGGAGACAGGGGCCCUGUGUGCGCCUUCGAAAUCAACCUGUACACGGUCUCUGUGGUGUUCCUGAGCCUGGCCACGGUGAACAGCGUGGCCGACCCCAUCAUAUAUGUGCUGGCCACAGAAGUUUCACGCCAAGAAGUGUCCAGAAUCCACAAGGGGUGGAAAAAGUGGUCCACGAAGGCAGACGUCGCCAAGCUCACAUAUUCGAAGGACUCACAGGAGGCACAGUCGCCCACAUAG